UAAAUACACAAGGAACGCAUAUGUAAAUGCAUGCAAGUUAGAUAAGGAAUGAUUACUGAAGAAAGUGAGUAACCUUAGAAUUUCGAUCUCUUUUCUUACGCCGUUUGAAUAAAUCAUGGGAAACCUGUUUUGUCUGGUUCAAGUAGAUCAAUCAACUGUUGCUGUCAAGGAGAAUUUCGGAAAGUUUGAUGAUGUUCUCGAGCCGGGUUGUCAUUGUGUGCCUUGGAUAUUCGGAAGGCGGAUUGCUGGACAUCUUACACUAAGGAUUCAGCAGUUAGAUGUUAAGUGUGAGACCAAAACAAAGGACAAUGUUUUUGUUAACGUAGUAGCUUCGAUACAGUAUCGUGCUCUGGUCGAUAAAGCAAAUGACGCAUUCUACAGACUUAGCAACACAAAGGCGCAAAUCCAGGCCUACGUUUUUGAUGUUAUAAGAGCUAGUGUUCCAAAGCUUAAUCUUGAUGACACCUUCGAGCAAAAGAAUGAAAUUGCUAAGGCUGUUGAAAAAGAACUUGAAAAGGCAAUGUCUGCAUACGGUUAUGAGAUCGUUCAAACUUUGAUCGUUGAUAUAGAACCAGACGAGCGAGUAAAGCGAGCAAUGAAUGAGAUCAAUGCAGCUGCAAGGCUGCGGAUGGCAGCUACCGAGAAAGCCGAGGCUGAUAAAAUUCUCCAAAUCAAGAGAGCUGAGGGAGAGGCUGAGUCAAAGUACCUGUCGGGUUUGGGCGUUGCGCGCCAAAGACAAGCCAUAGUGGACGGGUUAAGAGAUAGUGUGUUGGGGUUCGCGGUCAACGUGCCUGGAACCACGGCUAAAGACGUGAUGGACAUGGUUUUAGUGACUCAGUAUUUCGACACCAUGAAGGAAAUCGGUUCUGCGUCCAAGUCGUCUGCUGUGUUCAUUCCUCAUGGACCCGGUGCUGUUCGAGAUGUCGCUACUCAGAUUCGUGAUGGUCUUCUUCAAGGCAAUGCUGCAAGUUGACUCUAUAUACAAGAUAAUGUUCAAGUUUGGCUUGAAAUGCAACUGUCAAGAGUAGAAGAAAAUUCUAAUAAGUUUAAUCAAAUAACCAAGAUUAGGAUUGGGUUAUUCACACGUUUCUUGCAUCAUAUAAGUGUUCACGGUUUGGUU